AUGACGCCCUGGGAUCCCACCAACAACAAAACAUACCAAAUCCUCAAACACGCCGAAGAAAAUGGCUACGGCGUUCUGGCCCCAAUCGCUUACAACAUCGAGCACAUCGUAGCCUUCAUCCACGCCGCAGAAGCAAAGCAAAGCCCACUCAUCAUCCAAGUCUUCCCCUGGGCUAUAACUUUCUCGUCCGGCCUGCUGGUCAUUGCCGCCGCCCACGCCGCACGGCAUGCCUCCGUCCCAAUCGCCAUCCAUCUCGACCACGCCCAGGAUGAGGCUCUGAUCCGUCAAGCGGCGGAUACGCUGCCCUUUGAUAGCAUUAUGGUGGAUAUGAGCCACUUUGAGAUGGAAGAGAAUCUCGCCAAGACAAAGGAGCUUGUACAGUAUUGUCACGAGCGUGGAAUUGCAACUGAAGCGGAGCCAGGAAGGAUUGAGGGCGGCGAAGACGGCAUUGCGAGUACCGAGGAUCUCGAAGGCGCUUUGACGACGGAGGAACAGGUUGAGGAUUUUAUUGCCACAGGAAUUGACUUCUUGGCGCCGGCGUUUGGGAAUGUUCAUGGUGAAUAUGGACCGCGUGGUCCGGACCUACAAUUUGACAGGUUAAAAAUGAUUCAGGAAAAGACAGCUGGCAGAGUCCUUAUCGUCCUUCACGGAACAAACGAUUUCCCUGAGGCCAUCAUGAAGAGGUGCAUCGCCGAAGGAGUGUCCAAAGUAAAUGUCAACAAACUCGUACUAGACGACUAUAUCCGCCACCUCAAGACCAAUGCGCCCAAGAUCAGUCUUACAACAUUGAUGGAAGACGGAGUCAAAGAGGUGCAAAGGUUGAUGGAAUGGCAGAUGGAUGUGUGCCAGUCGACCGGCAAGGCGGUGUAG